AUGUCUUCUUAUUUUGAAGACAAAAAUGAACAUGACGAUUAUAAAACAGCAACAAAUGAAAAUACACAUAUUUCAACUACAAUUGUAAUAAAAGAAGAACAAUCAUCAAGCAAAGAGGAUGACAGCUCGUACAAACAAGAUUUAAAUAGAUUCAGAGUAUCGUCGGCACGAAAAGUAUCACAAACAAAUUGCCAAAAAGCUAUUUAUAAAGAAAGAGCUAUUUUAACUAUUUUAAAACGUAUUCAUACAUACUGGCGUCGAUUUUUAUAUCAUACAAUAUUUUCAAAAACACGUGAUUGGGUCUCUCGGCUUGGUACAUUAUUUUUAAUGGCAUUUUUUACUAUAGCACGAUUCGCCAGCUAUUUAACAAGAGAAGAAGACUCUAACAAUUCAUCAAACAGUACAUCUCUUUUUCUGAACGGUUACAAUUCGAACAGCGCAGAUUCUUCCUACAAUAUCACAAUAACAUCAACAAUUAAUAAUAAUAAGCAAUCAUUACCACGUGAUUCAUCGUCAAUGGAAGUGAUGAGAGGAAAUGUAUUGAAUGAUCUUCAUCGUUCUCAAACCCCAACAACAACACGAAUAAAAACUCCGAAUAUACCUAUUGGUGGCUCAAAUCAAAUGCGCCGUCAUACCAUAGCAUCAACAUUUUCGCCUGAUGCAUUUUUUACAUGUUCACGAUCAGCUGAUGAUCAAUUUCAUAUUGACGAACAUUUUUCGUCAUUGCAAAGUAGCAGUCAUAUAAUUAAUUAUAAUCAUAUAUUAAAUCUAAAUCGUGUUUCAUCCGAACCCGUUAAUUUAUCUUGUAGUGUGCAAAAUCAUUCUAUUAUAACACCACACUCUUUAAACUUAAAACAUCAUCCGUCAACAAAAACACCGAGAACCAGUCAUAUUUAUUACACAACAACAUCUGGACAAUUUCUUAUUAAUAAUGCUAAAAACAACUAUGACGUUAAAAUUGAUACACCGGUUUAUUUUUCAAUACCAGAUUGCAAUACAGUGACCAAUAAUCAUUGUUCUAAAUUUUCAUCAAUAUCGUCUUCGUCUUCAGAAGACAAUUGCAUAGAUUCAAAUGACUAUGAUAUUAUUCUUCUCGAGAACAAGCAUCAUAAACAAUACGAAAGUUCGAUAAUAGAUACGAGAAACUUCAAUGUGUUUCAAACAACAAAACAGACGUUAAAUGAUGAUACAAAAUGUAUUACACUAAUAUCACAGAAUGAUGAAGACGUGUUUCAAGAACAACAGAGUAGCAAUAAAACUGUACUUCAAGCUUCUAAUGAUGUUGAGCAAAUUGUUGAUAAUGAAAAACUACUUUCUGAAGAAAAUCGCGAGACUAUCGUUACAUCUCUAGCGGUACCUUCAUAUAAUAUUGAAAACAAUUCUGAUUCAAUAAACGAUAUAGAUGGUAAUAAUGAAACAACAUCAAUAGCAUUAUCUUCCUCGCCUGUCGAUACUCUCGAGAAUACAUUGUAUGCAGAAACAGAUAAUAACAAUAAGGAUGACAACGCAAGUGACACAAAUCAUUCUAGUAGAAUCUGUGAAGCUUCAACUGAUUCAACUGAGAAUAGCCCGGCAGUAUCACAAACAAAACAAUUAGAUGACAAUAUAUUAUUAGAUAAUACGACAGAUUCAGUUACGAAUAGUGAUGAACUACAAGAUCGUUAUUUUAAGCGAAGAAGACGCCGUACAUCGUCACGUAAUUCCUUUAGUCAAGAAUCCCCAUUAUUACCUGCUGUUGCAUCAACCGAAACUAAUACGACAGAUGAAACAAAAUCCGAGAGACAAAAGGAAGAACAACUCGAACAAAAUCCUUCUAUUUUGCCAUCAGCGCCAUCCUUAUUAACACAGAAAGACGAAAUAAAAUCUGAACAUAUUCAACAGCAAAUUCCACAACAGUUAGAAGAUCAGAGUGCACUUGAAAAAGCCGAAAAUUAUGAAACUAUAAUCAAUGAUAAUAAAAAUGCAGAACAAAAAGAUGAAAAGUCGGUAAUACGUUAUCGUCCAAGGAGGAUACGUCAACGCCUAUUGAGAAACUACGAUCAUGCUACGGCUGCAGCUCUUGCAGCUAGUGAAGCAAAUGUCAAGGGAACUAGCGAAUCAUCAUAUAUCAUAUUGACAGCCGAUCAAGACAAUCAGUUACCAUUACCGCAUACAAAUACUUCACCAUCACAUCUGGAAGAAACGACUAAUGAUAGUGCAAAUAAUAACAAUGAUCCAGAACAGCAACAACACCAAUCAUCACCACUAAAUGAUAAUCACAUCGAUGAAUAUGCAUCUAAUAACACACAAUCAGCAACGCUGCCACGUGGUGGUUUAAAACGUCAUCAAAUAUCAUCGUCAUUAAAAAAAAAUGUUCAUUUUGCCGAUUCUUUAGGUCUCGAUCUCGCACAAAUCAAAUACAUUCGAUCAUCUGUGACAUCUGAUAGUCAAUUUUUACUAUCACCAUCUAGCACAUUAUCAUUAUUUAAACGAAAUUUAGUUCUUGAUGAUAUGAUUCCUGAUCAAGAAUUAAAACCAUGGGAUUUUGAUUUAACAGUAUCACCAAAUCAUCGUGCUUAUUCUUCGCCCCCAUCGACUGUUCAUCAUCAACCAAAAACUCGACGAUAUUUUUGUUUAUUUCGUCAACCCAGUUCGGAGCCACCCGAUAGCUAUUUACAUGAAAUAUGGCGAGCACAAAUUAAAUUAGAAUAUGCUGAAAUAAAAGUAAAACAAAUCGAACAACCACACAUAAAUGAUAAUUUGAGUAGAUUUAUUUUUCAUCAUCAUACCACUGAUACAUUACAACAACAAUUAAACGGUACACUGUGGGUAACAAACAUUGAUUUUUGGAAAUAUGUAUCGAUCAAAUAUACGUUUAAUCGUUGGAUAAAUACAUAUGAAAAAGAAGCUACUCAUAUGUAUCAUUCUCAAGACUAUCGAAACAUUGAUAAAUAUGAAUUCAUUGUUGAUAUACCAAAUGAUAUUGAUCGGAUCGAUUUUAUAUUACGUUAUACAUCUGGUGGUCAAGAACAUUACGAUAAUAACUAUGGAAAUAAUUAUACAUUUGAAGCUGAUCAAACUGUACCGAUCACAAUAUCACUUCCGCACGAUUGUGAUUUUAAUGAAAUGAGAUUUUACUAA